AUGAGACCAUCUUUAGUAAAUUUAGGAGGAUACUUAUGGAAAUCAGCUCCAAGAUUAUCACCACCUCAAAAGUCAAGGUUAAGGUCAAGAAUGAGAUUAGUUGAUAAUAAUAUUGAAAGCAUUUUCGAAGGUUUAGUGCAAGCUAAACCAACCUCAGGAACAAUCAACACAUCAUAUAUGUUAAAUAGUAAAGUUGUUGUCGGAAACAAAGUAUCAUCACCAAAGAUAGAAGGAUCCAAAGAAUCAAAUGGUAAUGAAGAAUUAACAGGAUAUAAAAAGAUUGAUUAUUUGAAAUAUCAAUUCCCUAAAGAAAAUGAAAUGUUACCUAAAGACAAAUAUACCACAUUCGAUAAGAAAGCUAAGAAUUAUAGAAAACUUGUAUUCAAAGUACCAAAAUGGACAAAGAAGAGUUUCAGAGAAAACCCUAUUUAUCAUUAA